CUGUACGUUAUCAGAAAUAAAAUUCAGUUACGAUCUUGAUUCCAAUACUGUCCGAUACACCCAAAACGAUGCCACAAUAUUCUCUAGUGCGCGUCGCACUCCUUAUAAUUUAUUUUUUAACAAGUGGUACGAGUGAAAACUUGAGAUGUGGUUCACUGGGAACCAAAGACACCUGCCGGUGUGUAGUGAAAUUCGAUGAAGUGACCUCUAUGGCCAUCGUGGAAGCCCAGUGCCAGUACCUGGAGCUGCAAGAGUUUCCUACCCCAGUUUCAGAAGAGGUCAUCAACUCCCUGGAUGUAUCUCACAACGAUUUGGAACAACUGGAGGCUGCAGAUGUAUCGAAAAGCCUAGGAAGCUCCCUGAUAUCCCUAAGUUUCUGUCAUAACUCGAUUUCCGACAUAGAAAACGUUUUCUUCGACUCAUUUCCAAACCUGAUUAAACUGGACCUGAGUCACAACUACCUUCAGACGCUGGAACCCAAAGAGCUCUUCGACAAACUCGAGAAGUUACAGGAUUUGGAUCUGAGCUACAACGAGAUAGAUGUGUUGCCAGAUGGGAUUUUCGCAUCAUUGAAAAAUUUGAGGAAGAUAGACUUGAGUUAUAACCCCCUUUACCAAAUUCUGCAAGACCCGACUGCUUUAACGAACAAGCUUCAAAUAAACGAAAAUUUGAAGUAUCUGGGAUUGGAUAACGUUGGUAUUACCAAGAUCCACGCGAAGUGCUGGAACCAUUUCAAAGCGCUGGAACAUUUAUCCAUCGCCGACAAUCCUUUAGAUGAGGUGCCGCAGACUUCAGACACUCUCGAAUAUCUAGAUAUAUCCGGUACCAACAUCACCAACCUCCAUGAGAACGACCUCAAAUACCCUAAUCUAAAAACCCUGAAAAUGUCCAGAAUGGAGAAUCUCACUUCAGUCAGUGCCUACGCUUUUUAUAAUCUGGGAAUUUUGGAAGAGUUGAUUCUGACCGAUUCUUCUAGCCUCAGCGAGUUUAGCGGUGUGGCUUUUGGAGGCUUAGAUAGGCACACUUUUCCGAGAAAGUUCAAAAAGUUCGACUUGGCCAGGAACAGGCUGAGUUCGUUGAAUGAAACCUACAAAUUUAUUUUUCAAGAGUUGGACACGGCUGAUAUAAGUUUGAACCCUUGGUCAUGCGACUGCGGCGUCCUGUGGAUGAAAGAAAUGGACGCAAUAAUGAUGAGAAAAAGCGAUAUUAGAUGUUCCUCUCCCAAUGAUAUGAUCAAUAAAAUGGUUGUGGAGUUAGAACCCAAGGAUGUGCCAAACUGUUAUCCUGGUAUAUAUGGCAAAAAAUCACAUCAAACUGCCCUUCUCAUAUUGCUCAUGGUGGUGUUUGUUCUGAUUGUUGUAAUCAUAUAUCUAUGUCUUUAUUCCCCAAGUUGGUCUAUCAAAAUAGGUUCAACAAAAAUGUCGCCUGACUCGCCCUACUCAAUAAAUAACGAACAGAUAUAAGAAAAUUGUUUUUUUAUGACCGAGGCACUUUUCACCAAAAUGAGGAAAGGUCUAAAAUAAACUUGUCUGCUGCACAUUGAAGCAUCAAAGGAAUAAUAAGAUGAAUUCUUUGUGAAAUCGCUUUAAUGUUAAUCUUAUUUAAUUGAUAAAUAAUGAAUCUCAUUUCAUUUCAAGCAGAUGAUACAAAUAUGUUAUUUUCAAAAUGUAAAAUUGAAAUCAGUGUAUAAGCAGAAAAGUCAGACAAUUUUAGGAUAGAUGACUUCAAUAGUUCUCUUUCAAUUUGCAUUAUAACACAAUAACUACAAACUGUUGUCAUACCCAAUGGUUUUAGUUUCUUUGAAUGAAAUGACGUUUAUAC